AUGCCCCCGAAGCCAUUUAAGCCCUACGGCUCCCCGCCACCGUUCGAUUUUGACGAAUAUAAGGACGCCUUUGAGCUCUGGCAGCGCCAGUGGACUAUAUUUUUGGCCUUAUCUACCAUCGAUACAGCCCUUCCUCAAGCGGACCGCGGGUCCUAUAAGGCAAAUAUGCUGCUGUCCUGCUUAUCAAAGCCUACUUUACAGGCCAUCUGCACGAUGGGCCUGUCCGAUGCCGAACUUGGUGACCCCGACAUUACCAUCGGCAAACUUCGUGAACGGUGUAACGCUGGGAGGAAUUGCCACGUUUGGCGCCAACAAUUCGCCCUUCGUAUACAACGUGAAAAAGAAUCCGUAGACAGUUGGGUUUGCGAGCUGCGCGAUCUCGCACAAAAAUGCGAAUUCAACACGGAUUGUUGCAACAAAUGCCAGGACACCCGGUUGUUGGGCCAAAUCAUUUACGGCGUCCACAGUGAUGAAGUUCGGCGUAAGUUGUUGCAGGAAGGCGCUACACUAUCCCUCACCAACGCUUUAACAACACUGCGCACGGCCGAAGCAACACUAAUGCAGGCAGCUAACCUGCGGCAAAACGAUCCACCAUCUAUCCAGCAAAUCAAAAACAAUACCGCCAAAACCGACUCAAAGUCCGCUGCUCGUUCCCCGCACCCAGCUUCCCAACGCAACUUCCGGCGUGGCCCACCAGCAGGUGCCCCACCACACGGAUGUUGGAACUGCGGAGCCGAUUCGUUCCACCCAAAGUCUGAAUGCCCAGCCAAUGGAAAAGAAUGUGGCGGCUGUGGCAUAAUAGGCCAUUUUCAAAAAGUCUGCUCACGAAAAUCUUCGAAACCCGAGACAGCGGGAAGUAUCGUCAUCGGUUCCAUUUUACCAGGGGAACUUAUUGAAACCAGCGUCUCGCCUGCCGACAGCGACACGCCCACAGCAGUGCUCUUCCUGCCCGACACGGGCGCCUCGAUUGAUGCCGUACCACAUGCACUUCACCAAUCGCGAUUCGCCGCGACUCCACUUUGCCCCAUCACAACGCGAGCCGUAACGGCGACUGGCGAUGCCAUAACGUCAUUUGGCACCUUCCAGGCAACCAUUAGCGUAGGACCCGUCAACGGAGGCACGCCAGUACUUACCACCAUCCACGUCCUUAAAAAUCUCCAGCAACCAGUUCUAUCAAAAGAAACGCAGAAAAAACUCGGCAUCCUACCCCUGGAUUACCCCCAUUGGCGCGUUCAGCAAAUCACAGCCCAUCCUACGGAUUUAGAGAAAGCUAAUAAGCUGAAAUAUUUAAUGGCUGCCCAUCCCCUCAUCUUCGACGGUAUAUGUCGCCCCAUGGUAGGCCCUCCCUGCCACUUCCAGUUAGCCGACGGUGCCAUACCAUCCGCGAUGAGAGGUUCGCGACCAGUCUCCGUCCCGUUGCUUCCAAAACUCAAAACAGAGCUGGAUUCGCUCGAGGAGCAACAAAUCAUCUGCAAGGACGGCGGCAUACGCGUAUGUGUCGAUUUUACCCCCCUUAACGCCUUCAUCGUCCGUCCAACAUUCGAAACGGCCACCCCGUUCCAGGCCGUCCGUUCGAUUCCGGCCGGGAUGCGCUUUUUCACCGUCAUCGACGCGUUAAAAGGAUACCACCAGGUGCCAUUAGACGACGAGUCAGCGACGAUGACCACCUUCUCAACCCCGUUUGGCCGCUACAUGUACCGCCGGUUGCCUUUCGGUGUUUGCCACGCCGGUGACGACUACAGCCGACGCGUUUCGGCUGUAUUCGAUGAUAUUCCAAAUUGCCGUCGGAUAAUUGAAGACAUCCUCAUAUUCUCCGAGACAUACGAGGAGCACAUUUCUCUCGUCCAACAAGUGUUCCAGCGCGCCGCCGACAACCAAAUCGCCAUCAACACCGGUAAAAUCCAAUUUGCCCAGCCGUCUGUUCUGUUUGGCGGCUAUAUCCUGAGCAACACCGGCUUCCAGCCCAACCCGGAACUCUUAUCGGCCAUCAGUCGAUUUCCUACCCCCACCAACAUCACGGAGAUGAGAGCGUUCCACGGUCUGUGCCAGCAGAUGGGCAAUUUCUCCGACAACUUAGCAGCGGCACUCGCCCCCCUUUCCCCCCUUUUAAAAAAGAAUUUCCAGUGGGAAUGGACAACACAGCACGACGCCGCCUUCAACGCUGCCCGCUCCGAAUUGUCGUCUUCCGCCGAGCUGUCCUUUUACAACCCAGCACUACCCACGGCCCUCCAUGUCGAUGCCUCCCGCCUGAGGGGUCUUGGUUUUAUACUCCGUCAACAAAAUCCCAAUGGGAAGUGGAACGUGGUCCAGGCCGGAUCACGUUUUCUAUCCGACGCGGAGACACGCUACGCCAUGAUCGAGCUGGAGUGCCUGGCCCGCUGGAUCCCUGGGAAGGAGAAUCUAAUGGCCGACGCCCUCUCGCGUUCGCCUGUCCACCCCGCAUAUCCAGUGGAUGAACUGGCGGAAGGCCCAACAUCAUUCUCCACCCGUGUGGCGCUGAUAUCCACCAUCGACGGAUCAGACCCCUGCACGAGCGACCCGCUCCUCGACAAGGUGUCAGCUGCCGCCGCGGUUGACCCCGUCAUGAUUGCUUUACGUGACGUCAUCCGAACCGGUUUUCCCAACGAGAAAUGCAACUUACCGCUGCCCCUUCGUCCUUUCUGGUGCGUCAGAAGCCUCCUCGCCAUCGACAAAGACGACGACAUCAUCGUGAUGGGCUGCCGUGUCGUCAUUCCAGAGGCCGUUCGUCGUGAGGGUCCUCAAAAUCUUAUCUUGAUGCACCAGGGCUCAACAAAGCUACGGCAACGGGCCCGUCAAACCAUGUAUUGGCCGUCCAUGGACAGCGAGAUCAUCACCGCGGCCCGUGCUUGUCCCACUUGCACUGAACAUCUUCCCUCACACCCGCCGGAACCUUUGCUGCCCCACCAGAAAGCAUCGCGGCCGUUCGAGUUUAUCCAUGCCGACCUCGGAUGCCACAACGGUCGCGAUUUUUAA